GCUCACCAGCAACCCCCCCUUCCUUUCCCCGCCUCUACUAAAUAAGCUCCCAUCAAAAUGGCUGAAUCACCUCGUCUCACCCACGAAGAAUUUUUCAAAUCCCUAACAACACUCCUAACGACCGCAACCUCAAAGGAAAAGUCCACCGUAUACCUCACCCAAAAACCCCUCCUCUACCCUUCAGCCCCGAUCACAUCAACUGCGGGGAACUCGCCACUGCUAAUCCGCGCGACGAACGGCAAUAGUAAAGACCAGCGAAAGAAGAGCGAUAAGCGAGAUGGAAGGAUCAAGAUCUCGACAGUCGUGAUGCCGGAUGAGCUUCAAGGCUUCUUUGAAAAGUAUGCGGAGGUGGCGAAGGGUGGGAUGGGAAGUCUGAAAAAGAGGGAUAGGAAGGCGAGGAAGAAGGCUAAAAAGAAGGGGAAGGAGGGAGGGGGUGGUGGGAAGGAGGGAGUUUGAUAGAUUUGAUGGGAUUGUUGUUGUUCGGGAUGGAAUUAUCAAGUUAUAUUUUUCUUCUUUUUUUUAAAAAAAAAAAAAAAAUCCGAAUAAAUGGCGUUUGGUGACCGUUUGUGUGGGCAAUGGAUACCAGUUUGGCUAGGGUCUAGUUUGGAUUACAAGUGGGGGAGUUGGGUAUCGUGUAGUGAGUGUCUUCUCCGUGCAGACGGGUUUCAUCGUGAGUUAGUGUUGGGUGGAGGAGCUUGUUGCUGAGGCUCUGCUCGUUGCCUCGCUAGGACAAGAUGUUUGUUUGAGCCUUGAGGGGUCGAGCGGCGGCAGUGGUUGAGGCUCUUUACGGAUAUACUGGGGAAGAUUACCAUCCUUGACGGAUGGUGUGGUGGUAUUGCCUUAUUGCUACAAACACGUUUCCACUUGUCAGAGCAGGAGGUUGGGAUAGGACACUGCAUUCUUGUGCGGUACCGGUGCCCAGGUUAUUGAGAUAUCAGGAGUUUGCUAUCAUACGGGCU